UUUCUUUCCCCCUUCACUUCACUCCUCCUCCUUUCCCUCAAAAUCCCCCCGUACACUUUUUCCCCAUUUCUUUUCCAUGUAGUAAAAAGCAAAUAUUCUCAGAACCCACAACCAAACCCCAUCGCUCUGCUCUCUGGUUUCUCCUCUUUUUCACUAAAACCCCAUUCUUGAUACUAGGGCUUCAGCUUCAGUACCCACAUUCUUCUCCUAAGCUGGAAUAUCCCAACUUCUCUGCUUUUUUACCAAGCAUUUUGCCGGUCUGAACGAGACUCAUGGGUAGAAAUGUUACACUUUCGAUCCUCGCUUUUUUGCUGCUUUCUGGUUCUUUUGCUUCUGCUUCUGCUUCAGCUUCUUCUUCUUCACCAGCCAGAAUAGUAAAUGGGUUUCUCUCGAAUGCAAUUUCAAUGCUGAUGAAGUGGGUGAAGUCACUGAAAGCUACCACUAAGACAGCAAUUUCUGGCCGUCCGAUGAUGAAAUUUGAGAGUGGGUACACGGUGGAAACUGUGUUUGAUGGAAGUAAGCUGGGUAUUGAGCCGUACUCUCUGGAAGUAUUGCCCAGUGGAGAGCUUCUGAUUUUGGACUCUGCUAAUAGUAAUCUGUACAGGAUCUCUUCCUCACUAUCACUGUAUAGCAGACCAAAGCUGGUUGCUGGAUCUGCUGAAGGUUAUUCAGGACAUAUAGAUGGGAGACUAAGGGAAGCAAGGUUGAACCAUCCGAAGGGGCUUACCCUUGAUGACAGGGGAAACAUUUACAUUGCUGAUACUGACAAUAUGGCAAUCAGGAAGAUAAGUGACACCGGAAUUACGACAAUUGCCGGAGGGAAAAAGGCUCGUGGAGGGGGGCAUAUAGAUGGACCAAGUGAGGAUGCAAAAUUUUCUAAUGAUUUUGAUGUGGUCUAUAUAGGAAGCAGCUGCUCCCUCCUAGUUAUAGACAGAGGAAAUCAGGCAAUCCGUGAGAUUCAACUUCAUUUUGAUGAUUGUGCAUAUCAGUAUGGAAGUGGCUUUCCUUUAGGUAUCGCAGUGCUUGUGGCAGCUGGCUUCUUUGGAUACAUGCUAGCACUGCUGCAACGUCGAGUUGGUACCAUAGUAUCUUCUCAGAAUAAGGAUGAGAGCUUGCUGAAACCAAGCUCUGAAAAUCCAUAUCAAAUGCCAGUGAAGUCAUCAGUAAGGCCACCACUGAUUCCAACUGAAGACGAAGAGGACAAGCAAGAAGAAAGUUUUUUUGGAUCCCUAGGGAGGCUGCUGGGACAAACUGGAGCAUCUGCCUUAGAAAUUUUGGGUGGACUAUUUCCUUGGUUCCAGAGAAAAUCAUGGAAUUAUCAGUCUCAACCACAGGAACAGCAGCAGAAGUAUUCACACGGUUGGCCUGUACAAGACAGCUACGAAGUACCAGAUGAAGAUGAGCCCCCAUCAAUUGAAGCCAGAACCCCUACUCCGAGGAAAACCUAUGCAUUCAUGUCAAAGGAUUCUGAAAAUAAGAUGCAGCAGCUCCGAGAAAGCCAUGCUUUCUAUAGUGGCUGGGAUGGAAACUUUCAGCAGCAGCCUCUGCAGCAGAUGCAGAAACAGCAACACCGUCAUCAGCAUCAUUCAUCAGCCCCCCACACCUACUUUGAGCAAAGUCCCGAGAAAACCAAUGAGAUUGUGUUUGGAGCAGUGCAGCAGGACAGGCGGCGGGAAGCUAUGGUGAUAAAGCCAUUGGACCCUGGAAAUCCCGUUUAUGAUCGUAGAAACAUUCGCACUCGAAGCAAUUCAAUGGGCUAUGGUCAUGGAAAUUGAUCACAUAUACGUUGAGGAAAGGGAAAAAGGGAAACCAAAACCUUUUUACAAAUCAAAGCCGCUUCAUGAUGGCAAUAGUGGAACAUAUCGAGUAUAUCAGGUUCUCAGUUAUAUAAAACUUGGAGAGUGGAAUGUAUGUGCUCAAUAUCCUGAUUGCAGUGCAUAGUUCACCUAGCAACUAAUUUUGUUGUUAUCUUGGGAAAGUGUCCUGUGAAACAGGAUUAUAAUCAUUUGCAUUUGGAUGUUCCUUCUCUCCAGUGCCGGUGUAAAUAGUAGUAAUACUUUUGCUACAUCUCAAGUACACCCUUUUUUCA